AUGGAGGAGGUGGCCUCGCAAGCAACGGUUGAGGCCGUCCCCGAGUCUUCCACUUCACCUGCGGGGUUGGUGGAGGAUUUAGGACCCGCUUCGGAAUCGUCGCCAGACGAGGAGGUGAAGAAGAUGGAGAAGGAGAGCCACCAACACCAAACGUAUGACUCCGACGAAGACCGAAAGAACGAAAACCAAGUCGGUGACAAGGGGGAGGGUCCAAGCGACGAAGAAGAUCACAAAAAGAGCGAAGAAGAAGAAGAAGAAGGGGACCUAGGCCACGCCACCCAACAAGCGGAAGAGGAGAAGCGUGGAGAGGAGAGGAACGAGAAAGAAGCAGACGCCGAAGAGGAAGAGCCGCAGAGCAGCGACCUGGAGGCAAUGGAGCAGCAGCCACGACAGCAACUGCAAAACCAGGUCGACAGCGAUGCUGCUGGCGGAGUAGAGAACGAGGAGGAAGACGAGGAACGGGAGGGCCUCGAGAGCAAAGAAGCCGAAGGAGAGGCGGAGAGCACCCCGCCGCCGUCGGGAGUGGCGCCCGGCCAGGACCCCGCAGCCGAGGUGGCGGAAGUGCCCCACCGUGCCGUCACCGAAGACCACCACACAGCCAGGGAGGAGGAGGAGGAAGCUGAAGCGGCCGACCACCAGAAGGCCGGUGGUGGUGGCGAUGCUGACGUCAGCAGCGACCAGCCGGGCGGUGAUGGUGAUGGUGAAGCGGCGACGGCAGGAGGAGAAGCGGCGGAAGGAGGGUCGGGCGGAGGUGGCGACGGUGUGGAGGCGGUGCGGGUGACGAAGACGAAGAGCAAGGAGGAGCUGGUGGAGUCGUUGCUGCAGGUGAUGGAGGACAUCGUCAUCGCACGCGCGGCAUCGGAAGGCGGCGGCGAUGAGAUCGGAGGCGGGAAGGGAGGCACGCGCUCGCGCAGGUCGCACCACCACCACCACCCGCUCCCCAGCGCGCCCCUGCCUCCGCUGCCCCACGAGGCCGGCUCCCCGCGCCACCAACCCGACGAGACCACCACCACCACCACCGCAGAAGAAGAAGAGAAUGCCCCAUCGCUGUCGUCAUCGUCGUCGUCGUUGUCGUCGUCUUUGUCGUCAACGUCGUCGACAACAACCACAGCAGCGGCGGCGGCGGAGGCGGCGAGAGAGAGCGAGGGCGAAGAGAGCGUGAGCCCAAGAGAGGGCGCAGAUUCCGGGCGACGCGCAGGCCUGAUGGCGGCGGGAGCCCGGCGUCGGCCUCGCGGGCCGCUCCCGCCCACGCCCGGCGGCGCCACCACUGCCACUAGGGAGUCCUCCUCUGACUCCUCAGCCGCCUCAAACGGCCAUGGCAGCCGCCCAUCAUCGUCAUCGUCUUCGCCUUCCUUGUCAUCGAACGGCUCAGCUGCUAAUGACGCCGACCUCCAUCUCCCUAGGAACUACAACGAAGACGGCAGCGUGCGGACGUUCGUGGGCGCGGUGGAGGACAAGUCGCUCCUGGCCUCCCUCUCGGCCGAUGAGCAGAAGCGCCAGAACGUGAUCCUCGAACUCAUCACCACCGAGAAGCAAUACGUCAACGACCUCCGCACCCUCAUCGAAGUGUACAUCAACCCGAUCCAGGAGAAGAAGCUUCUGAACAAGAAGCAAAUGACGGCCAUCUUUGCCAACGUGGACACCAUCUACGAGAUCAACAACAGCCUUCUCCAAGAGCUGGAGAAGAGGCAGGCUCGCGAGACCAUCAUCUCCCGCAUCGGAGACCUCUUCGUGUCCCAGGCGGACAAGUUCAAGGUCUACGCCGCCUACUGCAGUUCCCAGGACCCCCGCGCCAAGAAGGUCACCAAGUACAAACAAAAGCUGCCCGAGUUCAAGGCCUUCUGCGAGCAGGCCUUCAUGCUGCCACGAUGCCGACUGCUCGAGCUCGACUCGUUCCUCAUCGCCCCGCUCCAGCGCGUGUGCAAGUACCCGCUCCUCCUCAAGGAAACGCUCAAGAACACGCCCGAGGGACACGAGGACUACGCCGACCUGCUGCUGGCGCGGGCCAAGGUGAGCGAGGUGGUGGACCGCAUCAACGAACGCACGCGCGUGGUGAAGCACGUCAUGGACCUCAAGGCCAUCCAAAAGAAGCUCGGUCAACCGGUGAGUUUGGUGGAGCGGGACCGCUACCCGGUGCGGGAGGGCGCGCUGCAGGGCCUGCGGUACCAGUCCAAGGGCAAGGAGAAGGACUGCAAGGGCGCCGCCUACUACGCGUUCCUCCUGAACGACCUCUUCCUCCUGUGCCAGCCCACCAAGGAGUCGGCCAAGAAGGAGAAGGAGAAGGAGCGCGGCAGCCACGGCCACGGCCACAACGCGGCCCAGCAGCAGUCGCCGGCGGGCCAGGUCUACGUGGUCAAGGAGCAGGUCGAGCUCGGCAAGGCCGCCGCGCGGCGCGUGCUCAAGAGCGACGAGGGCUCGCCCAUCUCGUCGCCCUCCACGUCGCACCGCAAGCAGGCCAAGGAGAAGCUCCGCGAGCUGUCGCCCACCUCCCUCACCUCGCUCUUCUCGUCAUCGUCGUCGUCGCCGUCCAACUCGGCCUCGAUGCAUGCCGUGUCGUCGUUCGACGGCCUGUCGCCGCCGCUCUCGCCCCAGGCCUUUGUGCCGAACCAGUUCGAGGUGGUACUGGGCGCGAGCAGCAGCCACCACCACAACCACGUCAAGAUCUACCGCUUCCAGACGCCGACCAAGAUCGACGCCGACCUGUGGCUGCGCGACUUUGACCGCGCGCGUACCGAGCACGCGCUGGCGGUCGAGCGGCAGAGGCAGCAGGACCAGAUCGACGCUGACGCGCUCGCCCAGGCCGCCGCGUCGACCCCGCGCAACAGCAGCCCGCCGCUGUCCCACACCCUCGUUCGGUCGGUCAUCACCCCCAGCUCGCCGCUGGCCACCACCUCGACUUCGCCGACGGGACUCGCGCGGUCGUCGUCCAACCUCGCUCGGUCGCCGCGGCCGUCCGCGUCGUCGUCAUCGGCCGUGCCCACGCGACACACGCACCUCAGCCUCACUCGGGCAUCCGAGCUCGGUGUCGACGACGACAACGACAGCGACAGCGACACGUCGACAGACAACACGAGCGCCCCGUUCCACCCGGGUUCCCUGUCAUCGUCGUUGUCGGCGACCCGCGUGGCAUCGUCGCCGCAGCUGACCUCGCACCGCUCAUCGUCGUCGUCGCCAUCGUCGGGCGAGUCGUCGUCACCGGCGGCUGACGCGACUGCGCCGCCACCCGUGCCUCCACCGCCGCCCGCGCCGCCCAAGCCCACCUCGACACCGCGCUCCUUCUUCCAGAAGCACCGCCGACGACGAUCGAACGUCAAUGACGGCAGCUCGCCUCUGUCUUCAUCACCGCCGACGUCGCCGUCGUCGGCGUUGUCGUCACUGUCGUCGUCGGCGCCCAUCGCGUGCUCGGGGUCGCCGCCGCCAUCGACGGCGGGCUCGUCGUCGCCAGCGCUGGAGAGCGAGGUCAGGGAGCUCAAGCUCAAGCUGCAGGAGGCCGAGCGCAAGCUGCGCGUGGCCGAACUGCGCAUCGCGGACCUGGCCUACGACAACUCGGAGCUAAAGAAGCGCAUCAGCCUCUACGAGAAGGCCACCUCGAGCGGCAACGUCGUCACCUCCCCGCGCGACUCCACCACCGGCGCCACCAGCGGCAGCGGCAAGGGCACCAAAGCUGCGGGAGGCGUGAAGCGCUUCAUCCCCGGUCGGCGGAACGGGCACUAG